AUGCCGAGGAGCCGCUGCUUCUUUCUCCUCUUCUCUCUUCUUCUUAGCAGUGUAGUGAUGAUGAAAACGACCGAGGCGGUGGAAGAGUUUGAAACCGAGAAGGAGAUGCUCGAUUUCAUAGAUGAUAACAGCGAGGAUUCCUUAGCCGUCAUCUCCUUGUUCCGACCGGACAACGAACACGAAAAGUUCGAAAUUGUCUAUUCCGACGUCGAGGAAACGUUUCACGCGUACGGCCACGAGGACGUUAUUUUCGCAAGAGCAAACAAGCUCAAAGGAGAUAAAGAUACCAUGCCUAAAACGUACGUCUUAAAGCCACAAUACAGGGAAAGCAAGGAUGCAAUGGUUAUGAACAUGACGACGAACCCGGCGUACGACGUGAAGGCGGUGGUAAACUUUGUCUUUUACGCCAUGAUUCCGCCGUACGCCAGGUGGCCUCCUUUUCCCAAGUCUCGAGGUACCGAAGAUGAAGUGCAAAGAGCAAAUUUACACGCGAAGAACGACAUGCCCAAAGUGUUCGUACUGACGAAACCAGAAACUGCCAUCGACAACGGCGUCGUCUUACACGAGGUCUUGACCCAAGUCGGACAAUCACUCGUCGGCGUGAUGGUUGUCAUUCAGCUUUCCGUGAAGGAUAAAUCCUUCUUGCGCGCAGCAGUAUACGAGGGAGAGGAAGAUCAAAUAAUGGAAUCGUUGGAGAAGAACGAUUUCGUUCUAGUAGGAUACGAUAGGCUAACGAAUGUAAGAGAUUCGGUAGUUUUUACAGACAUGGACGCGUUGAGCUACGAGUCCAUGGUGAACUUUUGUAUGAGGUUCGCGACGAAAGUAGGAGGUGACUUGUUGGAAGGGAACCGCUCUCCGUUCCCGCUGAAAAGGAGUAAAAAUAGAAGAAGUAAAAACACAAUCGGUUUAGGAAAGCAUCGCGGGCACAACGCUGAAGACUUAGAAGAAUUAUGA